UGGAGUCUCUAUACGGAAAAGUAAAAGAUGGCAUGCAUUUUAAACAUGGCGGAUGGGGACUUUAUGAUGUUUUCAUUUGAUAGAUAAAAAGCGACAUUACCACGUACCUUUAAUGGAUUCUCUUUUGUUGUAUAAAGAAAUUUCAAUGUCACGUUAAACAUGACUAUGAGAAGAAAAUCUCCCAGUGUCUCAUCAGAUAGAUGGUCUAAAAAUUCAAGUGAUAGUGAGGCAUCCUUGUUUUUAGGUCAAGGCGAACUUCGCUUUGAUAAUACACAUGCUGCCGAUGUAAAAGAACUGCUUGAAAACCUUGCACAAAUAACAGGUGGCCGAGACAAACAAGGUUUUCUAUUAGUAACAAUAUUAAAAGAUGCAACUUAUGAAGACACAAGCAUUGAUGAUAUAAAGAAAGUUCUGUUGUACCUAACAUCAACAAGAAGUGCUGAAGAUAAAGACAAUGGUUUUAGUUUUCUGGUUUUCCUGAAGCCUAAACCACCGUAUGGUACCAUUAAACCUUUGAUAAAAGUUUUACAGGAUUUUUUUCCAUACAAAGUGCAACAAAUAUAUGCAAUCAAACCUGAAGGUUAUCGUGAGAGACUGUUGUCAACAUCAUCACUUAACAGCACAAAAUAUAAAUUUGAGGUAAAUAUUGUUACACGUGAAAACCUGGUCAAGUAUAUUACAUUGGAUGAAUUAUCAACAGAAUUUGGUGGCAAUAGGAGUUAUAUCCAUUCACACUGGUUCACAAUGAGAUUGGCAUUCGAAAAAUUUCUAUUUGAAUCCAUGGCAUUGUCAUCUAAGCUGGACGAUAUUAAACGCAGCUUGCUUCAAGACGACUUUGCAGUGACUGUUGAUGGUGUACGAGAACAACUUCAUCAUCACCAACACGUUCGCAAGUGGAUAGUUAAAGCUCCAAUUGAGAUUCUAGCAGAAGAAGCUAACAGAGUUGUGAAUAUAAUAAAGAGCUCAUGUGAAUGUCCAACUGAAGAGGAAUUAAAAGAUGAAUAUAAAAAUUCUAUGCAUCAGGUGCGUAGCAUGAUUGGUACAUUAACAGAUCAGCGAACGUUCUUAAAGGAGCUAUGGAUUAGCCGAAAAGGCCAACUUGAGCAAAGAUUUCAAUUUAAUGUAUUUAAGCAAGAUGCUGAAAAAAUGCUGACAUGGAUUCACGAAAACCGCAAUGAAUUUCUUUAUAACUUUACUGAGAUUGGAGAGGACUUAGAGAUGGCUGAAGAGCUGCGUGAAGAGCACAAGCAAUUUGAAGAAAACUGUGGUGAUGUACAAGUCAACAUUGACCAUAUUUUACAAGUUGCAAAUCGAUUGCAAGAAAUGCAAUUUUUUGAUGUGGAAUUAAUUGAUCGUUUAUCAGCAAAACUGGAAAACGAGUGGAAGAAACUUUACACUGCUGUUGAACAGCGAAGUGCAAUGCUUGAAGCAUCUGUUUCUUUUCAUCGAAGUAGUAAACAGUUUUUGGGUCAGAGUAAGAUCUGGGUGGAUGAGUUAAAGUCAUUUGAAGAAACGCCAGUGGAAUCUAAGGCUACUCUUGAUGCAACAAAUACGUCUCUGUCCAAUAUGAGACAAACCAUGACAGACUCGUAUGAAGCUGUUAGCAAAGAGGCAAAAGAAUUACUGAGUUCUUUGCAAAGAUCUCCUAUUGGUGAUAGCCGUGAAGAGAAAGCACGCUCUCGACUUUCUGAUUACACAGACGCAGCUUCGCAUGUCAUGGAUGUUAUUGUUAUUAUGUAUGAGCAAAAUAAACAAUUAAAUAUAUGCUGGGAGAAACAAAAAGUUCGCAAUAACCAGAAAUACAAACUGAGUGUAUUUAAUGAAGAAUGUGUAGAGAUUUUGAAGUUUAUUCGAGGUAAUGGAAAUUCAUUUCUGGCAAAGAAUUCUUGGGUUGGUGACCAACUUGAAUUAGCAGAGGAACUAUUAGCUCAUCAAGAUGAAUUUGAAAAGUCGUUCCAGGAUACAUACCAUAAAGCAAAAAAAUUACUAGAGACUGCCUCUCAAUUGGCUGAAACGAAAGAGUGUGAUCCUAAUGAAAUUAAAUUGAAAGCAUCACAGCUGGAGAUAGAAGUCAAAGCGUUUACAUCAAAAAUAAAAAAGAGAAGAGAGCUUUUAAAGAUGGCUGUUAGUUUUUUUAAAAACACACAAAAGCUAAACAAAGCUACUGACAAACUAAAAGACGAAUUGCACUUAGAAACAGAAAGCAGUGCAGAGCCUCAGAACUUUGACACACAACUUGAGAAACACAGACACGAAUGCGAAGCAACGUUAGAGAAACUUCUUACAACUGUACACGAAGGAGAAAAGCUGAGUGCUGAAUUGUUGCAUGAAAGUAAGUCGACUAGCAAGGACUCAAAAACUUCAUGGUUUUCAGCUGCAUCCAAUUCGCCCGGACAAUCUAGACUAGCAGUUGAACUUUAUUUAAAAGAAUUAAAUCAUAAUAGACAAAAUUUAGAAAAACUCUGGCGAGGUAGACAGCAGAAAUUGGAUUAUUGGGUCAAAGUGAAACAUUAUGAACGUGAUACAAACACACUGUACCUAGAUGUAAAUAAAUGGAAUUCAUCAUGGCAGAAGAAAGAGUUAUCAUCUGAUGUAACCAAAGCAGUGACCAUGGUAGAAAGAUUUGAAAAUGAAUUCAAUGAAAUAUCAGAACGUUUUUGUGCUUUGUUGCAUGAAGGGAAAGAACUUGAACAUUUGUUGGUGACAUGUGGUAUUGAGGUUGUUAUAACAUCACAAAACAACAUUAAACUAGAUAGUGUAGCACAUGUUGGUGCAGUAUUACAUAAGCUACAGUUGGAGUAUGACGUUAUUAAAAAAAUAUUCCAUAAACUUAAAGUGAAAUAUGAUUUUUCUAUCAAGCAGAGAAAACUGGAAGCAGAUGCAAAGAAAGUGUCUAGUUGGGUUCGCCAUGGAGAAACUAUUUUACAAGCUUCACAGGAUGCAGGAUCUUCAAUGUUUGAAGCGGAAGCCAUAUUGCGAGAGUAUGAACGAUUUCAUGUGGCAAUUGAGACUACACGACUAGGGGUUAUGGAUAUUCGUGAAAGUGCUAAUAAGCUGAUCAGAGAGGGACAUCCUGAUCAUAUCACCAUCGAAAAUGUAGCAGCUGCUGUAGAAUCAAAAUGGCAACUGUUAAUGAAACAUGCGGAAGAAAGACGUGGUGUUGUGUUCUCGUCAUACAAUUUUUACAGGGCAGCUGAUCAGGUUGGGAAGCUAUUAGAUAAGUUUAGUAAGGACUGCAAAUCAGAUGAGGAUCCCUGUGAGAAAUUUGCUGAUUAUGAACUCAAAUUUAAACGUGAAAAAAUUGAAGCAUUGAUUAAGAAAUCUGAGCCAGAGAAGAAAGCAGUAGAAGAUGGAUGUUUGAAGGUGAAAGAGAGCUCUGAGGAAUUCUUAAGGCGUGUUUUGCCGAAGGGAGAUGGUACUACCACACCUGUGAUUGAUGGUGCUAUUGGAAGACUUGAAAUUACUGUGAACGACCUUGUUGAACAGGUUACCAGUCAGGAAGCUUUUGUGUUAAAGCAAAUACAACUGCGAAAGACUGUGUUGGCAGGAUGUGCUGAGAUGGUAUGGUUUGAAGAAAACGUCCAAGAGACUCUCCAGUUGAUAACUGAACAGGGAACUGUUGUAAGUGAUGGUUUUAAAACACUCGAUAAAGAAAAACAAGAUGAGGGGGAGAAAGAGACUUACCUGCAAAAACAAGAAGAAUAUAAAACAAUAUUCCAAGAGAUUCGUGAGAAAGUGAAGCAGCUUCUUAAAGAGGCUUCCGACUUGGUUGGACGGCUGCAUUUCCAUCGUGCAAAAAUUAGCGAGCUGGCAACAUCUAUAGACAUGCGCUAUAAAGAUUUAGCCUGUCAUAUGAAGCAGUAUCGCGAAUCACUGGAAAUAAAGCUUGGCUGUACUGUUCCUGAAGUUGAGGAUGAAGGAGAAUGGCCCUGCAUAUCGGCGUUUCAACCUUCUGACAUCAAAGCCGUUACAAGAAGAGAUGUGUCAAAUGAUAGUGGUAUUCAUGAAAUGACAGAAGAAAAAAGGCGAUCUGUGAAAAGAAUCGAAUUCAUCAUUAAAGAGUUAGUCCAAACAGAAAAAGCUUACGUGGACGACCUUAAAUGUUGCAUUGACAAUUUUCUAACUCCAAUGUACAAUAAUCCCGACCUUCCGCAAGCGUUAGUUGGACGCGAAGAUGUUAUUUUUGGAAAUAUCGAGUUGAUCUACCAGUUUCACAGCGAUGUAUUUUUCCGGGAAUUGUCGAAAUACGAAAAUGCUGCUGAAAACGUCGGCCAAUGUUUUACGGACUGGGCGGAGAAAUUUCACAUGUACGUCGAAUUUUGCGCCAACAAACCAGAUUCAAACACACUGUUGAUCGAACACGGAGAAAACUUUUUCGAAGAUUUACAAUUAAAAAAGAAUCUUGGACUCUCUAUCGCAGCGUAUUUAAUCAAACCUGUGCAAAGGAUAACGAAAUAUCAACUCCUCCUAAAGGAUUUGUUGUCUUGUUGCGAUGAUGCAAACAACACUCUUCAGGCUGGAUUGGACGUGAUGUUGGACGUCCCACGAAGAGCUAACGAUGCCAUGUAUUUGUGUUUAAUCAGAGGAUUUAACGAGGGAAGUCUUGAGGCCCUUGGAAAGAUUUUGCUUCAAGAUUCAUUCACAGUUUGGGAUACGAAACACAUCUUAAAGAAGGGAAAAGAACGACACGUGUUUCUGUUCGAACAAGCUGUCCUUCUUUGCAAAGAAGUUAAAGACAUUGACGGGAAAUGCAUGUUCGAGUACAAGUAUAAACUAAAGACCAGCGAGAUGGGAAUCACGGAACAUAUUGCUGAGGAUAAAUGUAAGUUCGCCAUAUGGACUGGUGCGCCGCCGUUUACGGAAGAGAAACGUGUUAUAAAGGCUAACUCAGAGGAAGUAAAACAGAUGUGGGUGAGAGAAGUACGCGAGUUGACGCAACAAUUUCAGUUCGGAUUAAUCACAGCACAAACUUCGUUCUACCCUUCAUCUCCAAGACGAAAAGGUGGACGCAAAUGCACAAGUCAGGCUGACCUCAGCAUGACGUCAGAUUCAAGUUUUCUAAACGAUCGCCAAUCUGUAGACUACGAGACAGCUACAGUUUGUAGUCGUACAUCGUUCGAUAACUAUCCCCGUGACGGUUACGUCGUCACUGAAAAUUACACGUCGAAAGGUGCGAAUGAGUUGUCUUUGACGAAAGGCCAAUGUGUUGAAGUGUUAAGCCGCCCUCCUGGUAGUCGUAGUUGGCGGGUCCGUGUUUUAGAUGGAUUAGAACAAGACAUGGAGGGACUCGUUCCUCAUUUGAUGCUUCGUAAAAUUGAGGAUUCUCCGCUGCGAGGGAAACGUUUGUCAGUGGAAACGCUGAACAGUCAAAGCAGCGAAGAUUCUUUCCAAACUGAAAGUCCAAAAGGUUCGACUCAUUCCGUGUCAGGAAGAACGUCACCAAAAUCACGUCGUCGUGCGAAAUCGGUGAAUUUAUCUAGCACACUAAAAAUGAAAACUUGGUCACGUGGCACUGCAAGAAAAUACGGAACGUUGCAAAAACCUCCACUACCUACUACACCUAUCAGAUCUAAAGGCAUCUCCGGUGGAGGGUCUAGAAAAUUACAGGCUCUUCUUGGGGCUCCUGAGAGCGACAUCGAUCUGUUGAUCAGACCUAGCGAUGGCAAAUACGCGACGCUCGGUCGAUCUGCUUCGAAAAAUACGGAAAGAGUAAAAUUUUUGACGUCUUUUGAACCUGAAGAUGCCGGUUUUCAAGAAGGUGAUUUAGACUCCGACCCAGACUCAAUUAGCGAUUCUAGCGACGCGUUGAAUGGAAGCACGAAAGACAUUGACGUCGAGGGUCGAUCGCUCACGAAAAGAAUGGAGGUGUUGAAUGAAUUAAUACAAUCAGAGACUGAGUAUAUCCGAGAUUUGGAGAUUCUAGUUCAUACUUACCUUCCAAGCAUGAUCAAAAGUGAUCUUCCAACUGAUUUGAAGUCAAAAGAGAAAGUUAUUUUCGGAAACUUACCAAAUCUCUUAACCUUUCACAAAAACAGUCUGCUCAAAGACCUGCAGAAAUGCAUCAAUUCGCCAGAAAAGCUUGGCUCUGUCUUCCUAAAAGCUGAGAAGAAAUUUGAAUUGUACAUUCAUUAUUGUGCUAACAAACCCAGAUCGGCAGCGUUAAUUGAUGGCUUUUUGGGAACGUUCUUCAACGAGUUUUCAAACACUAUGCAACCUAAGAUCGAUAUCAGCGAAUACUUGAUGAAGCCUGUACAGCGGAUCAUGAAGUACCACGCGAUGUUGAAAGAUUUUAUGAAGUAUUCAGCCAGAGCUGGAUUGAAAGUGGAUCAAUUGACAAAAGCAAUACACGUAAUGCAGGUGAUUCCCAAAAAAGCUGAUGAUGUCAUGAAUGUUGGCUUACUUGAAGGAUUCACUGGUAACUUGAAUAAUCAAGGCAAACUUCUCGUUCAAGACUCCCUGUAUGUCGGCAAUGCAAAAACGCAAGAACCACCAGUGGACAGAAGAGUCUUUCUCUUUGAGAAGCUUUUGAUAUUUAGUGAACCAUUCGAACGAAAAUCAAGUUUAACUUUUCUCAUAUUCAGACACAGUGUCCAGACGCACACGAUGGGUUUGACAGCUAACUAUGACGAUGACCCUUGCAAAUUUGCAGUUUGGAGUAAACGCGACAGCGGAAGUUCGGAAAUCUACGUCAUGACUGCCCGUUCAGCUCCACUUAAGAAAACCUGGAUUGAUGCUAUUCACCGGAUUAUCGAAGAUCAGUACGAAGAAGCCAAAGACUUGCCGGACGAUAUUAGACAAUUAUUAUUGGAAUAUGAAGAAGCUUAUGGCACGUAUCAUGUAGCGCAUAGUGACCAGUCUUCCGAUGGCGUAUCAAAUGUACUUGCGAAUGGAAACUCUACAGUCGAUAGCAUGGGUCAAAUCACACCAGCGAAUCAGUCGUUAGAUCCAAUGUUAAAACACGUGAAACUUAUUCCAUUAGACCAGGCGAAAUCUUUAGAAGAUUUAACUAAACAGACAUUUCCUUUGCGGGAAAGCUAUACUGUGACAGAAAACUAUAACACACAAAUGUUGGACCAUAUGUCGGUGCAAAAAGGCGACAUCGUGUUUCGGCUUCAUCGGGAAAAGAAGAGUUCGCAGUUUUUUUUGAUGAAGAGUGCAUCAAAAGAAAACUCUGGCUUGGUACCGUCAAAAAUUUUGAAAAAGUCAAGCGAUAUUAAAAAUAACGAUGAAAAAUCCGAUUCGAAAUUACGUCGCACGUCUAGUUUCGGCAACAACGAGAAAUCGAAAAAAGAUCGUUCGAAACGUUCCAAAACAAUGACCAUAAAGCUUGCAAGGUUGCCAUGGUGCCAGUUUCUGCUCCAUGAUCCAUUCGCAAGUAGGCAGGAAGGUUCCACAAACUUGCUGAGAACAGCAUCUUUAAGACGGAAGAAAAAAGACAAGGAUAAACACAACUCCACGCCCAAAUCAGUUCUCGACAAACUUCAUCAUCACUGGACGUCAAAUUUCGACUCAUCCGAUGACGAGGUAAAAGCGUCGGAAAGUUUAGACCGAAUCCUCACACGUGACCCAAAAACGACUUUUGAGGUCUCUCCUGAAUUUAAAAUUUUGCCGCGCGAUGUGACGGUGGAAGCUGCAUCGCAAGUUAAACUGACGUGCACUGUUGUGUCUAACCCACCACCCCGUAUCACGUGGUCUAAAAACGACGAAACUGAACUUAUAUCGAACCAUAAAUACAAUAUUAAUUUUGAAAACCAUUUAUGUACAUUUGAAAUAUUACACACCGAACCAUCAGAUACCGACACUUACACAGUGACGGCGACGAACUCGCUAGGUAGUGCAUCAUGCUCGGCGAAAGUUGUCGUCGAAGGUGAAUGCAAACUGGGGGUACCGUCGAAACCUUAUGCAACUGAAAUAACAUCAACAUCGAUUUCGUUGGCAUGGCAACCGCCAAUAGAUAGCCAAUUAGUACCCGUGCAUGCGUAUUCCGUGCAAUACCAGGAAGCGGAUUCUUCUAACUGGCAGGUGGUGAUACCUGUGUGUCAUGACACCAGUGCGGUUAUUGAUGAUUUGACACCCGGUAGAAAAUAUCAAUUUCGAGUGAGUGCGAACAAUGAUGUUGGGCUAAGCGAGACAAGCAAAGAUUCGGAUACAUAUGUAUUGUCUGAAAACACAGAACUGAGUCAACCAGCUUCAAAUCCUUACGAAAUACAUUGGCGAGAGAAUAUUGAAGAACACUAUAAUAUUUGUGGAGAACUAGGUAGAGGUCGCUUUUCUAUAGUAAAAAGAUGCGUUGAAAAAAGUUCUAAUAAAGAAUAUGCGGCGAAAAUUGUUCGACGUCGUAUGUUGUCGAAAGAAGUUGUCGAAAGUGAGGUCGCAAUUUUACAGAUGCUGAAUCAUCCGUCUAUUGUAUCUGUACAUGAAAUUUACGACGCGCCCAAAGGUCUGGUUAUUGUAGAACAACUAUUGGCUGGCGGUCGUCUGUUUGAUCACGUCGUAAUCAUGGACUUACUGACGGAAGAGAUCGCAAUACAUCACGUUCGGGAACUCCUUCUUGCUAUACAGUACAUUCACAGUCUUAGCAUCGCGCAUCUUGACAUUAAGCCGGAAAAUAUUCUACUCACUGGAGGUGAUGAACCCAAGGUCGUUUUGUCAGAUUUUGGGGAAGCUAUUCGUCUUCGAUCGGUGCCGUACGCGCACGAGUUGUCUGGUAAUCCAGAAUUUGCAGCUCCAGAAAUCGUUGCUGGUGAUACCGUAAGUUUAGCGACCGACAUGUGGAGUGUUGGAGUUGUCGUGUACGUUUUGUUAAGCGGUGUGUCGCCGUUUUAUUCGGACAAUCGUGAUCGAGCAUGCGCAAACGUGACUGAAAUACGUUACAGAUUUCCGGAAGAUUUCUUUUUAGAUAUAUCUGAUGAAGCCAAAGACUUUAUUGAAGAAUUAUUAAUACGUGAUCAGGCGCACAGACCUGACGCAAGCGAAUGUUUAAAAUUAGACUGGAUAAAAAUGGUCGAGCCUACUACUAAAGUUCAGGCACCGAAAAAUAGAAUUAGUUUGUCUCGAUUAGCUGCUUUCAACGCCCGAAGAAGAUAUCAAUACGAAAGUUCAUCGGGCUCCUCUUCCGUCACCUCUUCACAACUUUUAUCGCCGGACAAAAAAACGUUAUCCGGAAGUCGUAGAUGACAAAACUCUUUUAAUUAUUUUAUUUUUAAUUUUAUAUUACGUUGAAUUUAUUGAUGCUUUUACUUUUUCGUACAACGCAUUUCGAUCUCAUUCGUGUUUUUAUCUUGUGUAUUUAAGAUAUUUUAAUCUGAAAAGGUCUUAAAGUUAACAGAAGAGUGCGAAUAUAGUUUUUUUGAUUAUAAGGACAGGACUAAUCUAAUUCAAGUUGUCUGGUUUACUAAAAAUCCACGACUUAAGUUUUUUUUAUUUAACCCGUGUUUUUAUUUGUACAUAAGAGUUUGUAACUGAAUUUUUGUUUCAAACGUUUUGUGUUUACUUAGUGCUGUUGUUGUAUAGAAAAAUUUACCUUUUUUUCGUUUUGUUCGUAGGUGAUAAAAUGAAAAUAAAUAACAUUUUAAAAUAA